AAACUUCUUAACCUCAAUGGUGUUAAAUUGUUUUGAUUUUUUGUGAAAAUUGUACUCUGGGAUGUGGAUUUAAUUUAAGUUUAGUACCAUUUUAAUACUAAAAUGAUUGAAAUUACGGCCAAACUAGUGCGAGGUCACGUCUUUUUAUCUGGAGAAGUGGUUGAAUGCAUCAUAUCAUUUACCCAUCCUGUUUCCCCAUCUCAUAAGGUAUCCCAAAGCCACACUGAUGUGUUUGAAUCUCUUGCCUGGGCCUCCGCCCAAAUUCAUUGCCAAUGUUUCACUGACUCGAAAUUAUCAAAACUGAAGGAAAAUGCGAAAAAUAGCCAAAACCUUGCGGCUGAUACCGCUUUGGGAACCACCGUGGCCACCGACAAUGCCAGACACGAAUUCAGUACCAAACCUAAAAUAUUGUUCUGUGAUCUAAGGCUUUCACCUGGACAAACUAAGCAUUUUAUUUAUAAAGAAAAAAUACCCAGUGAUUCUGCUCCGUCCUACAGAGGACAACUGGUAAAAUAUUCAUAUAAAAUUACUAUAGGUACGCAAAGAGUUAAUAGCCCUGUAAAACUCAUGAGAGUACCCAUUAGGGUGCUCCCUAUUGCAGAGGCCGCAGUUUUAAAUGAGGUUGUUGGGGCAUUAUGUAACGAGACUACCGAAGAACUAACACCUGCAAACCCGUUUUUGGAAAUCAGACAAAAAGAAAAACCUGUUGACUUAGCAUUGGAGAGUUUACAAAAUAUAACUGCAAGGAGAAACCCUAAUUUUUACAUGAUUUCCAAUUUGUGGGGAAAGGUAGCAAGAUUUUGUUUGUUUAAACCAGCAUACAAGUUGGGUGAAGACAUUAUUGGAACUUUUGACUUUACUGUGUCCACUGUAAAAUGUAUGCAGGUAUCAGUAUCUCUUCAGUGCGAAGAAGAGACGAUAAUUGACCCGUUUGAAAAUAAUCCAGAGAAAAACAAACAAGUUCGGAUUAUCACUUAUAGCAAACACCAUGAAGUAUGUCUCGGGUACAAAUAUACUCAACUGAUUUUACCGAUUCCUUUACAUGUUACACCAGCAUUUUCUACAGACUUAGUGUCUCUUAGAUGGCGCCUGCAUUUCGAGUUUGUAACGAGCACAUUUGCUGGCCUAGACGCUCCUAAGCCGAGUGAUUCAUAUUGGCAGGCCCCAUCAGAUGUUCCUAUAGAAACGAUGGUCUGGAGUUUGCCCAUAAGAUUAUAUUCAACUACCCCUGUUCAUGUAGCCCAAGGGGUGCAGGGUACUUCUUUUCACAGAAUGCUUGUUAAAUAGUUAUCUUUGUAUAUAUGUAAGUGUACAUUUAUUGUAAUUUUUAGGUGAACCUUAGAAUCUUAAGAAGCAAAAUGUCUUCAAAAGUCAGCAUUUAUUUUAUUGUUAAGUAUUAAAUAAUUGUGUUUUUUUUUAUAA